CAAAGGAUAGAACAACCGCCUGAGAAACAAUAACAAAGAUUGAUUUGGCUGAUUUUGACGAAAUAAGAAUAACACGAUUAUUAUCAUUUGUCAUUGCCAGUUGAUAACACUUUAUGUGCUACACGUAAAAUUUGUAUUGGGAUACAAUAAAAACAAACAAAUGGAAUUUAUUAUGUAAAAAGACAGAUGCUAUUGGUGAAUGUAACCCUUUAUAUUGAGACAAAACUCAGGUCCUUUAUCAGAAAUUGGUCUGUCGGCAGACUGCCGCAGCGGUAUUAUCUGACUACAACUGAGAUAAUUCAAUGAGAGAAGGCACAAUUUGCGUAAACUUUCCAGAAAAAAAUCAUACAAACUUAGAUACUAUCUUAUCUUUUGAAUUUUGGUAAGAUCGCGUAAGAUAAAUUAUCUGAUUCUGUCGGCUGAUGGCGUGAUCAACCAACUCCUUUAAAUAGCAUUUGCUCAAUGGUUUUCAAUCCAGUUGAUAAAUACCUGUGGGCUAUGUAAUCUGGUUGAUAAGUUACAAUCGAGAAAAGAGAAAUACAGAUUUUAGUUGAAGAAAACAUUUGGUUAUCAGUCACCCUCAAUCCACGAUUGUAUAAUCAUUGGACAUAUUUUAAUGGCUGUUAUCAUCAAUUAAGAGAAUGGUGUCGAUUUUGAGUUUAAUCUUAGUGCUGGUAGUUCAAUCUAUGCAGUUGGUGCAUGGUGGAUACAAAAUUAGUGAAUUUAAAUAUGAACUCUUCGGACGGGAUCGGCUCGCUUCCUUCCGAGCAUUCGAAAGUCAAAAUCUCGACGAAAACUUUUUCCUCAGUGAUUAUACGAAAGCUCCUCGCCAUUAUAACACUAGCAAAUGUAUCGAUGACCUUUUGGAUAUUCAAAAUAAUCUUCGAAAUGGUGAUAGGGAAUCGAUGAUGUUGCUCGACGCAUGGGGCGAUGUACCGUCGGGAUUGUUUGUUCAUCAUUCCUAUGAUUAUGGUGCUUACGACGAGUGUUUGAAUGUUCAGAUCGAAACUGAAGGUGAAAAUGACAAGGACGCGAUUAAAGCGCAAUAUUGUCUAAUGGAUUUUAAUUACAUGAGUGAACCAGUCACCGUUGGAAUAUGUAUGCCCGAGUCAUGUUCGCCACAACUCUUCGAAUCCAUGUUGAACAAAAUGGCCUAUGUGAAUGAGACACUCUUCAGAAUACCGUACAAAAGAUGUCAACUCAAAGAUGAUUACGCAACCUAUACGACUACAGACAAAACUGCGAUUGCGAUAUUCACAAUGAUCCUUGGUCUCAUAAUCGCGAGCACGAUUUAUGACGGCGUGUGUUUAUCCAGACAAGUGGAGGCAAAUAAGACGCUAUUAGCAUUCUCCGUGCACAAUAACUGCAAAAAGUGGCUGACGUUUGAACAAUCGACUUCCCCAGAUGUUAUUGGAUGCAUGAAUGGAAUUCGUGUGCUAUCUAGGUUAUGGAAUCUUGUACUACAUACGGGAUAUAGAUAUAUGACAGUGCCUUCCAAUCCAAAUGUUGGGAUUUUCGAGUUUAUCUUCAGCGACAUGCUUGUGCAGGCAGCUCCAUUUUGUGUUGAUAUAUUUUUUCUACUCAGUGGCACUCUAACCAGUUUAACGAUAUUGAAGCAGCUGAAACGAACGAAUGGCAAAUUGAACGUAGCUCCACUCUAUUUACAUCGGAUUCUGCGAUUGAUUCCAUUGUUAGCUGGAACGAUCUUGUUUAUGGUUUCGUUGUUCCGGUUUUGUGGAAGCGGCCCUGCUUGGUACACUACAGAAUCGUAUCGAACCAACUGCGAGACAAAUUGGUGGUCAACAUUGUUACACGUUCAGAACUAUUUGAAUACUCACGCAUCUCAUCAUAAUAUAUGCAUUCCGCAAUCGUGGUACCUAGCCGCCGAUUUUCAUCUUUUUUUAAUCGCUCCAUUCUUCGUCUAUUUGCUACGAAAGUAUGAAUGGAAAAUGGUUCCCGUCAUAGUUGUUUUGCUAGCGUGCGGUGUUGCGUUGUUGAUCUUUUCAUGGCCAUUGGAUAGCACAAAUCCCCUAGAUCAAACCACUUUUGGCAUACGGCUACGAGUACCCACUCACUUACGAUACUCGCCAUAUUUGAUUGGGCUCUUCCUUGGCUUUAUUUUUUUCAAGAAUCGCGGGAAAAAAGUGUAUAUAUCGAGAAUGUGGAAUGCAUUUGGGUGGUCAAUGUCGAUUAUCAUCAUAAUACUGACCAUCUUUGGUCAUUAUCCAUUUCACCAGCCGGACAUUGACACGUUGCCAAUUCACUUCGUACUUUUCUUAUCGUUUGGUCGAAUAUUAUGGACCGUUGCGGUUGGUUGGAUAAUGUUCUCAUGUCAUUUCGGCUAUGGAGGAGCAGUCAAUAUGAUCCUUUCGUUAUCGCUCUGGAGUCCUCUCUCCAAACUUACCUACGCCAUUUAUAUCACCCAUGACUUUGUGGUAAUGAUGACAAUGGCAAGUGGCCGUUUCCCACUAUAUUUCACAAGAGUUUCAAUG